AUCACACGUGUGUAAACUGAAGCUAAGGUGUUUUCUUCGUGGUGUUUCGUCCCCUCAGGAGCCCCCUCGGUGCAGAAGGUGAUGACCCCCGUCACUCUGUCGGGGCAGAGGUUCACCGUGCAGAUCCCCCCCUCCCAGACCACCAUCAAGACCACCACGCCCUCCUCUCCGGGAGUCUCUAACGUUCUCAUCAAUCCGUCGCUCAUCGGCUCCAAAAGCCUCCUGAUCAGCAGCAGCCUGGCGGGCGGGGGGGUGGACUCGCUGAAGAGGAAACACGAAGACGACGACGACUACGACGCCCUAUGACCUCUGAGCACAAACACCCCCUUUUGUAUUAAACCUGCUUUUUAAAUAACCUCACUGUCCUCCAGGAAACUCUUCAGGAACAACUGUUUAUUUUCUACUGAAGGAACCGCCUCAUUUAUUAAACUGUUAGAAUAAAGACUGCCUCGGUGUGCAUUUGUUUCAUCACACGUCUAUCUAUUUAUGUUCAAUAACUAUAUUUGAAGUCAUAGAAUAAAUAAUAUUUCAAAAAAUAAACGUAUAAAGAAAUUAUAGUUAAGUAUUUAAAAAUAUAUUUUGAGGAGUUGAACAAAAUUCAUUGUCAUUAUA